UAUCUCUCUUACAAUUUGUGGGUCAAUCGACAUCACAACGAUAGCUUUCGGGACUGUGCAUUGUGCAUGUAGAGACGCUUUCGUGGGAGAAAGACAGCAUACAUUAUCCAGGAUGAGGUUCGAUACCGGAAGUGUGGCUCUGCUGUUGCUGCUCUGUCUGCCAGGGUUCCAGUCCGCCAGGAUUCUCUUACUGUACUACCCAACAUACAGUCACAUCCGGGGAUCGCUGGAUGUGGCCACGAAGCUAGCGUCACGUGGUCACGUGGUAUGGAAUGCUUUGUCAACUGAACUAGCCAGCCACAAGGGCCUGCAAGCACCGGGUGUCAAAAUUCUGAAAUACCAGGCUAUAGAUGACCUUGGUAUUACAGAAAAGGUUAUAGAUACCAUGGUAACUGGGAAUUUCCAAGAAAACGAUCCUUCCCUGCCGUUUCAUGUUUUCACAGAAACAUGUGACCUUAUACUAAGGGACAAUGAAUUAUUCAGGAGAAUCAAAGAGUUGAAUUUUGAUCUGAUUAUAAUUGAUAUCAUGCCCAUAGUUAGAAUGCUGAGCAUCAUUGCCUAUAAACUCGACAUCCCCUUCAUGUUCACUGGGGCAGCUUUCGAGCCUCAGGUUAGCCGGAACCCUUUCAUUCCAUCUGCCUCCCCCUUCGUCAUUUCCCCAAGAACACCGAAAAUGGACUUUUUGACUCGUGUUGCGAAUGUCAUUACGACUGUGAUGUACGUGUUUGUCUAUGAUCCGUUCUCUACCUAUAGGCCAGUAGCGACCUAUGCCCCAGAGAAGCCGUACAUCUCAAUGGAAGCCCUGACAACUAAGGCCUGGCUUUGGCUCAUCGACAUUGAACCUCUCCUUGACUACCCAGCAGCAACCUUGCCAAACGUCAAGCUAAUUGGAUCUUUGUCAGCGUCUGAACCAAAGCCACUCCCUCAAGAAUACAAGGAGUUUAUGGACAAGGCAAAAGAAGGCGUGGUCAUUGUAUCUUUUGGAAGUAAUGUCAAGUCGAUUCCAGAUGAAAUGUUGAAAAGGUUACUGGAUUCAUUUUCGCGAACGAACUACAAAUACAUAGUCAAGACAGACAAAAGGGUCAAGGUGGGACCUAAUGUACUGUUGACUGACUGGAUGCCACAGUUGGACUUACUUGCCCAUCCCAACACUAAAUUGUUUAUAACCCACUGUGGAGCUAAUGGUCAGAACGAGGCUUUCUUACAAGGUGUCCCGAUGAUUGGUUUUCCCAUUUUUGGAGAUCAACCGUAUAAUUCAAUGAGGCUUGAAUAUCAUGGCUUCGGUUUUAAAAUGGACUUGAAAUCGUUUACCGUUGAAGAUUUGGUCUCCAACAUCAAUGAGGUGAUUCAGAAUUCUUCCUACUCACAGAAAAUCAAGAAAGCUGCCGAAAUCACCAAGCUUCGUCAAAGAAGUCCUAAAGAUGAAGCUGUUUACUGGAUAGAACAUGUGCUCAAAUAUGGCGGCGCCCAUCUAAGGUCGCAUUGUCAGGACAUGCCGUUGUAUCAGUAUUUGUGUCUGGACGUCAUCGGGCUUGUCCUGCUCAUCCUCCAUUUUGGUAUAUUCCUUCUAUGGAAGUCGUGUAGCUGUACGUGCAGCAGGUGCCGUGGUCGUCAACCGCCAAAAAGGAUGAAACGUGACUAG